AUGAGUUUUAUCAUGAAGCUUCACAGACACUUUCAGCGGACAGUUCUUUUGCUUGCCACCUUUUGUAUGGUGAGCAUUGUCAUUUCAGCCUACUACUUGUACUCUGGCUACAAACAAGAGAAUGAACUCUCUGAAAUGUCUUCAGAAAUGGAUUGUGGGGAGCUUCCAUAUCUGCCACAUACAUUAAUGGAGCUAAAGACCAUGAAGCCCUUUGACCCAUUAAGGACAGACCCCAUUGUUCUGGUGUUUGUGGAGAGCCAGUACUCUUCCCUGGGUCAAGACAUCAUCAUGAUACUUGAAUCAAGUAGGUUUCAGUAUCAUAUAGAAAUUGCUUCUGGAAAAGGGGACCUCCCUGUGCUGAUUGACAAAAGUAAAGGCAAAUAUGUCCUUAUUAUAUAUGAAAAUAUUUCAAAGUAUGUCAAUAUGGACUCUUGGAAUCGAGACCUUUUAGAUAAAUACUGUGUAGAAUAUGGUGUGGGGAUCAUUGGAUUCUACAAGAGCAGUGACAAUAGCCUGCAGGGCUCUCCACUAAAAGGUUUCCCUUUUUCAGUUCAUGGAAACCUUGCUGUGAAAGGUUGUUGCAUUAACCCUCAUUCUCCAUUGCUCCGGGUGACCAAAUCCUCUAAGCUUGAUAGACGUUCCUUACCUGGAAGUGACUGGACAGUUUUCCAAAUCAAUCAUUCGGCAUAUCAACCAGUGAUAUUUGCCAAAGUCAAGGCCCCUGAGAACCUUUCUCCCCCCAUUUCCAAGGGUGUUCUUUAUGCCACCAUCAUCCAUGAUCUAGGGCUUCAUGAUGGGAUUCAGCGGGUUCUUUUUGGCAACAACUUGAACUUUUGGCUGCACAAGCUCAUCUUCAUAGAUGCCAUCUCCUUCUUGUCAGGGAAGAAACUCACAUUAUCCUUGGACAGGUAUAUUCUUGUGGACAUUGAUGACAUCUUUGUGGGGAAGGAGGGAACAAGGAUGAAUACCAAUGAUGUUAAGGCCCUGCUUGAUACUCAGAAUCUCUUGAGAGCUCAAAUCACAAAUUUUACUUUCAACCUGGGAUUUUCAGGGAAGUUUUAUCAUACAGGAACAGAAGAAGAAGAUGAAGGGGAUGACCUCUUACUGGGGUCUGUGGAUGAGUUCUGGUGGUUUCCUCACAUGUGGAGUCACAUGCAGCCCCAUCUCUUCCACAAUGAGUCAUCUCUGGUGGAGCAGAUGAUUCUUAACAAAAAAUUUGCCUUAGAGCAUGGCAUUCCUACCGACAUGGGCUACGCAGUGGCGCCUCAUCAUUCCGGAGUUUAUCCUGUCCAUGUCCAACUUUAUGAGGCCUGGAAGAAAGUCUGGAAUAUUAAAAUCACAAGCACUGAGGAAUAUCCACAUCUGAAACCAGCACGCUACCGCCGUGGCUUCAUCCAUAAAAACAUCAUGGUUCUUCCCCGACAAACUUGUGGUCUUUUCACACAUACAAUCUUCUACAAAGAAUAUCCAGGAGGUCCAAAAGAACUAGACAAGAGUAUCCAAGGAGGAGAACUUUUCUUUACCCUUAUCCUCAAUCCAAUCAGCAUCUUCAUGACCCAUUUGUCCAACUAUGGGAAUGACCGCCUGGGGUUAUACACCUUUGUGAACUUGGCCAACUUUCUGCAGAGCUGGACAAACCUGAAACUGCAGACACUGCCUCCAGAGCAGCUGGCUCACAAGUACUUUGAGCUCUUCCCAGAGCAGAAAGACCCUCUCUGGCAGAAUCCCUGUGAUGACAAACGCCACAGAGAUAUCUGGUCUAAAGAAAAAACCUGUGAUCGAUUACCAAAAUUUUUGGUAAUAGGACCUCAGAAAACUGGUACCACAGCUUUGUUUUUGUUCCUGGUUAUGCAUCCUUCCAUCAUUAGUAACUCCCCCAGCCCAAAAACCUUUGAGGAGGUACAGUUCUUUAAUAGAAAUAACUACCACAGGGGGAUUGAUUGGUACAUGGAUUUCUUCCCCGUGCCCUCUAAUGUCACUACUGACUUUCUAUUUGAGAAAAGUGCCAAUUACUUCCAUUCAGAGGAAGCUCCCAAGCGAGCAGCAUCUCUGGUCCCCAAGGCCAAGAUCAUCACCAUUCUCAUUGACCCCUCAGACCGAGCAUACUCCUGGUACCAGCAUCAGCGAUCACAUGAAGAUCCCGCAGCUCUGAAAUUCAGCUUUUACCAGGUAAUCACAGCUGGUCCCCGAGCUCCCUCAGAGCUGAAAGUGCUGCAGAAGAGAUGCCUAGUACCUGGCUGGUAUUCUACCCAUAUAGAAAGAUGGUUAACUUAUUUUCCUCCAUUUCAGUUACUGAUUAUUGAUGGGCAGCAGUUAAGAACUGACCCUGCUACUGUGAUGGAUGAUGUGCAAAAGUUCCUGGGAGUCUCUUCUCAUUAUAAUUAUUCUGAAGCUUUAACAUUUGAUUCUCACAAAGGUUUCUGGUGUCAGUUGUUGGAAGAAGGUAAAACCAAAUGCCUUGGGAAGAGCAAAGGAAGGAAGUACCCCCCCAUGGAUUCUGAGUGUAGAACAUUUCUGUCAAGCUACUAUCGUGAUCACAAUGUGGAACUAUCUAAGCUAUUACACAAACUGGGGCAGCCACUGCCAGCUUGGCUAAGACAGGAGUUACAGAAAGUGAGAUAG